GCUGAUCUAGUGUAAAUCUAUGAUUCUAGUUCACAUCACAUUACUAUAACCUAAAGGAAUUGAUCCACCUGUCAGCCUAUAAAUAACAUAAAAUCAGCUCACCAGCAACCCAAACCCCAUCUUUCACGUUCCGAAUAGGAUAGGCAAAAAUGGCUAAGCUACUCAGUCAUCCACUGUUUUAUCCCAUCCUCUUUCUCUUCCUCUUUAUCUUUCUUGCAUCAACCGAAGUAGCAAUGGUGGAAGCAAGAAUCUGCCAAAGGCGUAGUAAAACAUGGUCAGGGUUUUGUGGGAACACUGGAAACUGCAACCGUCAAUGCAGGAACUGGGAAGGUGCUUUGCGUGGAGCUUGCCACGCUCAAUCCCCAGGGUUUGCAUGCUUCUGCUACUUUAGAUGUUGAUUCGUGAUCAACCACAGCAGCAGUCAGCAGCAUCUCGAACCUCAAGCUUUCUUAUAUAUCCAGUUAUAUAUACAAAGAAACGCUAG